AUGUCGUCCACCAGCAACGCCUCCAUUGACAAGUUCAACGGAGACAAUUACGCAACGUGGAGCCGGUACAUGCGCGGUGUGUUUUUGACGAAGUCCGUCUGGCACGUUGUCAACCGUGAAGUGACUCCGACUUUCACCGACCCGCGAGCGUCCGAUGACUACGUCAAGGCAAGCAACGUCGCGUUUGGUAUGAUGCUGCUGCACAUGAACUCGGACUACCAUCAUGUGCUGGACAACUGCGAGGAAGCCUGGGUUGCGUGGACAAGUCUGAAGACGCUGUACGGUGGGUCGCAGAAGGCAGGACGCAUCUACCUCAAGCAACAACUUUUCAGUAUCAAGAUGGCUGAAGGCGCGAGCGUCAUGCAUCACUGCAACGAGGUCCUCAACAUCUCCGCCAAGCUUAGCGGCAUCGGUGCGAAGAUGGAAGACGAAGACGUUGCAAUUUGUCUGCUACUCAGUCUUCCGAAGAGCUACGAAAAUGUGGUGCUCAACAUGGAAAUGAGCAGCACCGAGCUUCGCACUCAAGAUGUGGUGAGAGUCCUGACGAAUGAGCAUGCCAAGCGUCAAGGAGAAAAAGGGACAACGACAGCGACUACGGUGAAGGCUGAAGAUGCAAGCAAGGCAUUCAGCGCCGAGCGUGAGCCCUACCAAUGCACGUAUUGUGGCAAGGUGGGACACACGGUGGAUCGUUGCUGGACAAAACAGAAGAACGAAGGUCGGGGAGCCCGACGCGGCGGCAAUGGUCGUGGACGCGGGGCUAACAAUGUCCAGUGGGGACAUCAUGAUGAAGGCAAUGGCUACGAUCGAGUGGCGUUUGCAGUCUCGUUAGAAUGUGGAGUUUCGACGAGCAAGGACGUGUCUGGAAUGUGGGCCGUCGACAGUGGUGCAACGCACCACAUUUGCCACGACAAGACCAAGUUCGCAAGUUUGGCAGAGCGCAAUGAGGGCGAACUCUUGGUGGCUGAUGGCAACAAGGUGGCCAUCAAGGGUGUGGGAACCAUCAUGGAAAAGGUGGUUCUGCCCAACGGUGAAGAGCGUGAGAUCGAAAUCAAGAACGCGCUAUAUGUUCCAAGUAUGAGCAAGAACCUGCUCUCGGUGCCACAGAUUAACAGCCAUGGCAAGUUUCAAGUCGUGUUUGACGGGUCCAAGAUGUAUGUGACUCUCAAGAACUCACAGCAAGUGGUGGCGACAGCGGAUCUCGUGGAUGGAAUCUACUGGCUUCGGACGACUCAACGAUCAGCGAAUGUGACAACAAGUGGAACCAGUUGUGCCGAUCUACAUGCGAGAAUGGGUCAUGCUCCAGUCGAUGUACUUCGCAAGAUGAUCGCGACCAACAUGAUCAAGGAUGUGCGAGUCCCUCUCAAGUCGGGUGGAGCAACUACAUGUCGAGGAUGUCAACAAGGGAAAAUGGUCCAAAAACCAUUUCCAAGCAACCGAGACAAGCGCAGCUACGAUACGUUUGAGCUACUUCAUCUGGACAUCUGCGGGCCCAUGGAAAAGGAUUCGCUCGGUGGCAGCAAAUAUUUGCUGCUGAUCAUCGACGAAGCCAGUGGAUGCAUGAAGGGCUUUUGUCUACGAGUGAAGUCCGAGAGUGAAGACUACAUCCGGAAAUAUAUCACCAUGGUACAGACGCAAUUCUGUAAGAAGGUCAAGUUCGUGCGACACGACGGAGCUCGCGAGUUUGCAACCAACUCGCUUCAACUGUUCUACGAAGACGAAGGCAUUGAACAGCAGACAACGGUGCCGUAUGCACAUCAAACAAACGGAACAGCAGAGCGUGCCAUUAGGACUAUUGUCACGAUCGGCCGCAGCAUGCUUCAUCAUGCCAAACUGGACAAGUGUUUCUGGGCCGAAGCAGCGAUGACGGCCAUCUACGUCAAGAAUCGACUGCCGUCACCUAAAGUCGUGCACAAGACCCCGUUUGAGAUCGUCUACAACUUGAAACCAAGCGUCAAGCACAUGCGAACAUUCGGGUGUCAGACAUACAUACUGACGCCUAAAGAGAAUCGACUCAAGUGGGAUCCAAAGGCUCGCGCUGGCAUAUUCGUGGUCUACGAAGAAGUUUCGAAGGCAUAUCGUGUUUAUGACAUCGAGGCGGGGCAGGUGGUUAUCAGCCGCGAUGUCAACUUCGAAGAGUCCACCUUUGGACUUCAACUGCCGAUCACUGAUGAAGAUGUCGAUGACCUGGACUUCGAAUUGCUGGAUCUUGAUGACGAAGAGCUGCGUCAAAUGGAGUACAAGCAAAUAGGCAAGCGCAAGAACCGACUCAAUGAUGAAGAUACAGCACCUCCACGACCGCGUGCAGUGCGUCAACGACCAGGACUAGAAGAGUCAAGCGCGCCGGAAAACAACUCGUCACGACAAGAAGAAGACGAAGAAACGAAGGAUUCUGGUGAUUCAACACCGCCUGUGUUUUGGCGUGCGAGUGCAAAUGCCGUUGAAGCAGCAGUGAACUUAUCAGAGCCCUCAACAUUUGAAGCAGCAGUAAGCGACCCUGACCAAGUGCACUGGAGAAAAGCAAUUCAUGCAGAGCUCGAGUCAAUGCGACUUCGCGGUGUGUUUCGUGCAGCCAAGCUGCCCAACGGACAACGCGCCAUUGGCACAAAAUGGGUGUUCAAGAUCAAGCGCAAGGCGGAUGGUGAUGAACUUUAG